AUGUUUUUGGUCAGUAUAAGUUUACUUCUCAAGCACAGACUACUAAGAGGACACUUCUCAAGUGAGUGCAGUUUUCAAGUAUUUCGCACCACCAUGAGCAGUCCAACAGUGACAAUAAAACAAGGCAAACUGGUUGGCUCUGUACAAAAGCUGUAUGAUGGUUCUCCAUACUAUAGUUUCAAGGGAAUUCCGUAUGCUCAGCCUCCUGUCGGCAAACUCCGGUUUAUGGCACCCCAACCGCUUAAACCUUGGGUAGGUACCUAUGAAGCUAUCAAGCAUGGCCCAGUAAGCCCACAGGUUGAUGUAAUAACAUACCAAUUUCAAGAAGGCAGUGAGGACUGCUUAUUUCUAAAUGUUUACACAAAGUCAUUGCUACGAGACUCUAAAAUGCCUGUAAUGGUGUUCUUCCAUGGUGGAGCAUAUAUGUCAGGGUCGGGGGACACUUUUAUGUAUGGACCAGAGUUCUUAAUACAGCAUAAUAUUCUACUAGUGACAUUAAACUAUAGACUGGAAGUCUUGGGAUUUCUGUGCUUAGAUACUCCAGAAGUUCCCGGGAAUGCAGGUAUGAAGGACCAAGUUGCUGCACUGCGUUGGAUUCAGAACAAUAUAGAACAAUUUGGUGGAGAUCCUGGGAAUGUUACGAUAUUUGGAGAAAGUGCUGGGGCAGCAGCAGUGACAUUCCACAUGUUUUCACCAAUGUCCACUGGCUUAUUCCAUAAAGCAAUAGCUCAAAGUGGAGUGUGUAUAUCAGAUUGGGCACAAGGCAAAAACGGCAAAGAAAGGGCCAUAAGAGCAGCUAAGUUUUUAGGGAAAGAUAGUCAAAACUCAGAUGAAUUGUUGAAUUUCUUUCAAAGUACAACUGUUGACAAAUUAAUUAAAUUAACAUUUAAAACAAUGACAUAUGAUGAAAAGCAUCGGGGACUGCCGAUCCAUUUUGCUCCAGUUGUUGAAAAGCAAUUCAAAAAUACCGAAGCUUUUCUGACAGAAGAGCCAUUGAAAUUAUUAUUAGCUGGAAAAAUUAACAAAGUACCUUUUAUAGUGGGAUAUAAUUCUGCCGAAGGUCUCGCAGUUGCAAAGCCUCAAGUUAAAAAACUGGAUUUUCUAAAUAAAAAUCCCUCUUUUUUUGUGCCUAGAGAAAUAGCUGAGAAAGUUGCCCUAAAUAUCCUAACAGAUUUUGAUUAUAAAGGUGCUACUCAUGUUGAUGAGCUGUUCUAUUUAUUCAACAAUCCAAUGAACAAAGACUGUUACGAAGGGCAAGAAAAGUUGAGGGUUUUAGUUAACACUAUCACUAAAUUAUGGGCCGAUUUUGCUAAAACGAGCAACCCCACACCAGAUAAUUCAGGUACAAAAUGGCUUCCUUACACAGUGAACGGAAGACAUUUUAUGAACAUAAACGAACAAAUGUCGAUAAACGGCACAUAUGCAGAGCGGGAGCGCAUCGAAUUCUGGAAUAAACUGUACAAAGAAGCAGGGUUACCAUGUAUAACUAAGAGUAAUUUAUGA